CCGAACCGCCAGCGGGUGAGAGUGACAGCGGCCGCGCGCAAAACGAACGCACUGCGCAUGUGAAAGUUGCAUUUGACGUAAAAUUUGGCGGUAAACCUAAGCACAGAGAAUAAAAAUAAACAAUACGAAAUAGGUUUGAUAUAUUGAAGAAUACAAAAUUACUUUGAAGUAGUGUUGUGGUUUGUGAUAGUGUAAGUGACUUUCCCCGUUACAAAGCCGGUGCAGGAUGACUAACGCACGUAAUAUAAAAGUCUGGAUAUGCAUAGCAUGCAUGGCGUCAUCAUUGGCAGCACCUGCGCCAAGUCAGCCCAUCACAUUUGACAUCAUCGACAUGGCGGCGAUAAGUCGGAUGACACCACAACAGCUGGAGGCACUUGCUGAGGGUCUGGCUGCCGAAGAGAUCAUGAGGACUAAACGAUCGUCAGCCCAAGCGUUGACCUCGGUUGUGUCAAAAGCAUCAUCAGGCAUACAAAGCAAGCUCGGUCUUCUCGGCCAAGCGUCUGCUGGCGCAUCCUCAUUGAUUGCUUCAGCUUCAAGCAAAACAGGUCACUCGGAGCAUACAGGAUACUCAUAUGAACCGCACGAAGAAAAAUACGACUACUGGGGGCUUAAGAAAUCCAUUCUCUACACGCUCUUCCAAGCUGUGAAAGCCAUUACAGGAGGUGUAACCAUCCUCAAGGGUCAGCUGAUUAAAGGAGGAGGUGCCUUAGCCUCUACUCUUGGCAAAGUCAUCUCUGUGAAGGGUGAUGCUGUAAGCAAUUUCGGAAAGAAGAUUGUUACCUCCGCUGCCUUGAGCGAGAAGAAACCGCAUUCAACAGCAGUCUAUGGCCCACCACCGACUUCACACUUGGAGUACGCUCCAACCGUCUACGAGGCGCCGACAGCACCCGCUCAAUACACACAUUCAGCACCCACAGGCUACGCGGCACACAAGUAUCCAUCAAAUCUUGACGGACGCGGAAAACUGAAUGGAGUGCACGCUGGCCUCGUUAUACUGACCCCAGUCGGCGACGCGUCUACCGGCGAGAGUCAUCCGGGAUACACGCCUUUGGAGCCUCCACCCUCCAUUCUCAAUUCCGUAUACUCCGCUAUAAAAGGCGUCUUCUCCUCCGCAGCACCCAGCUAUGAAUCCCACCUGACUCACCAAGAACCACCGCUGCCUCAACCGAUUCCAUCAUUCAGACCCAUGUCCUGGGGAGCCGUAGAUUCCUACGGUGAACCUGCAAUGGUCGAAUCUUAUUCCGAUUAUGAUCCAAGAACGCCGCAUUCAUACAAUUACGCAUCAUCUAAGAAAUCUGUUAUCCCUCCGAUUCAUAAAAAGGGUUUAACGCCUGAAAAAAUUCAAAAGAUAAAUAAAAAUCUCGACAAAGUAACCGCUCUAAUAAACGAACAUCAAAGAUCGGCGGAAGUUGUCCCCAAAUUCAAUGAACAAUACGCAGAAAUGGUGCGUAAAGGCCAGAUUCCUUUCCUUCCCACUCCGGUGGUUAGUGACAAUGAAAUAGGUGUCCUACCUGCUGAACUACUCCCCGACGAAGAUCCCAUGACCAGUACAUCGACAACUACAAUUUCUCCAAAUAAAACUGAUAGCAACAGCGCUAGAAGAAAGAAAGAUACCAAAUAUAUUCUACGAGGGAACAAGAUUGUUGAAGUUUGACAAAAGACUGAUGACUGACUUGAGAAAUUCAAGUGUACAACGGAGUGCUAGGACCGGAAAAUUUGCAGAACUAUCAAUAUCAAUGAAGACUUAUGACCCGACCCACCUGUUAGUAAAACGAAGCAUUGCCAAGUUUAUUUUAUUAGGUACCAUUUUUAUCAUUCAUUGCGACAAAGUUAAAAAAUAAUGUUUAUCUAAUAUAAUACAUUGAAAAAGAAUGUACAAAAAUGGAACUCCAUUUGUUAAUACUCUUACAAUUCAAAUCAUAUACAUAUGAAAUUGAUAAUGAAAUAUGUUCUUGGUAAUGUUACUUGUUGCUAUUAUUAAAAGGUACUCGUUAAGAAUACAAACGGAAUUUACAUUGCAAAAUACGUGAAAGUUGUUUCU